CUUCUUUAUUUCGCAUAUUUUAUUUGUUUUGUCGAGGGUCCUGUUGGCUUGCUUUUUUUUGCACGCUGUGCUGGUCGGAGGUCUUCUUCGCUCCCCUCGGUCCCCGAGCCGAGGACGGGCACAGGCUCCCCUCCCCUCCCCGCUAUCGCGCUCCACGCAGCGGGCCUUCCGGAGAGAAACGACGCCUCCCCGCUACUUUUCUAAAGUGGUGUGGCUGGAGGGGUGGAGGAGGGAGGGUGGGGGUGGCGGUGUAUUUACUGUGCGGCGCUUUCCUCCCUUUUGUUCUUUGGCGUUUGACUGAGCUAGCCGGCUAAAAUGUAGCCCCGUUAGCUUGCUAGCUUCUCUGCAUAACAAAUAUGGGUCACGGACGCCGGGCGCUCGCGCGGGACGGAUGCUCUCUGGUUUUAAUCCGUUAUCUCCCUGGUUUUUAUCCGUUAUAUCCAUUUUUUUGUUUUAUUUCUCUCGCAUGCUUCGUGCCAUUUUUAAAGUGUCGACGAGAAAAGGAGGACGAGGAUGUCAAAACUUAAAGAGCGCUUCAGCGCGGUGAUAAAAGGAAGCGCGUUGUUUACUUUGGUGAUUUGGUGAGCGAGGCCCGCAGAGCAUAAAACCCCGAGUUGUUCCUCAGAUGUGCGCCAAACAGUGCGUGCAAUAUUCUGUAGUAAUACAAUCCCAAACAUAUUAAUAAGACGUAACUAUUUUUUUAAUAGUCAUACUGUAACCGUAAAAACAAUGCGUCUUAAUUUCUAAACUUCUGGGCAGUGAGUUCCUUGAAUCACAGGUCUGGAGAUGAAGGAGAUGCAGUCCGGUUCCUCCUCCUCGACCCUGCAUCCGUCUCUCUGUGUCUUGGACUUCCUCUGCUGUCACGUGACGAGCUCUCAGGUGACUCUAGGGCGUAACCAGCCCCUGAAGAGAGAACGGCCUAAAUGGAAAAGUGACUACCCGAUGACUGAAGGCCAGCUGCGCAGCAAAAGAGAUGAGUUCUGGGACACGGCGCCGGCCUUCGAGGGGCGGAAGGAGAUCUGGGACGCGCUGCGGGCCGCGGCCAGCGCCUUCGAGGCCAACGACCACCUGCUGGCUCAGGCCAUCCUCGACGGGGCCAGCAUCACACUGCCGCACGGAGCUCUGACCGAAUGCUACGACGAACUGGGGAAUCGCUACCAGCUGCCGGUCUACUGCCUCUCUCCCCCCGUCAACAUGAUCGAAGAGCGCUCCGACGAGCCCGACGGCUCCGACCCGGACUCCGCCGGCGACCCCGCCUCGGGGGGGGAGUGCCAGCUCCGGCUGCGCCUCUCCACGGGCCGUGACCUCCGGCUGGCGGUCCGCUCCGCCGACACGGUGGGCAUGAUGAAGCGCCGCCUGCACGCUCAGGAGGGCGUGCCCGCCGCCACCCAGCGCUGGUUCUUCUCCGGCCGGCCGCUGACUGACAGGCUGCGCCUGGACCAGCUCAACAUCUCCAGGGACUACGUGGUGCAGGUCAUCCUCAGCCAGCCGCCGCCCACAAGCGGACACACAGCGGAGGCCGCCGGGCCGGUGGAAGGAGGCGCAGCGGUGCCGGAAGAGCCGACGCCGGUGGAGAAUUGACUCGGCCCCGAUCUCCGGAGGAGAGGGGUGUGUGUGGGUGGGGGGGAUGGAUGACAAGGGAGACGAAAAGGAAUGAAAGUUGAUUUUGACUUUCCUUUUUUCUGCUCCACUCUUCUCUUGUAGUUUUUAAGGAGAAGGGCUUUUGUUCGGGUGGAGGUCGGCUGUCUGCCGUAGCAAAGAAGACUCUUCUUUGAGAAUUGAGAAAGGGACUCAUUCUUUUGGUUUUACAUGUUGAAACUUUUUUGAAGUCUUUUUAACUGUUCCCAUGGAAACCAAACAACCAAAAAGAGAACUAGUGCAUAAAAGACUUUCUUAGCAACACCGUUGUUCAUAUAUUUCUGCUUCUAGGCGUUUCAGUUUCUGUUCAAGUCAGGAUCCCUUGCAAAAUUUGGUCGGCAGAAUUCUGUUCAUGAGGCCACAGGGUUUUACAUUACAUGUCAUUUAGCUGACGCUUUUAUCCAAAGCGACUUACAAUAAGUGCAUUCAACCAUAGGGUACAAACUCAGAAGAACAAGAAAAGUGCAUACAUUACAUACGUACACUUAGAACUCCAUUUUCAUUACAAUAGAAUUGAAGAAAAAGAACGAAGACGCUGAAACAAUCGUGACAGUCUUUUGAAUGGAGUCAUUAUACCGUGCUGUAAGGAAUGGUCGCUAUAAUAAACAGAUGUGUCCUCACUCGUUAAGAAGUUGUAGUUUGGGGCGACGUCUCACCAAGCUGCUGCUGGAUUAGAUGCUUUAUUUCAAUCGUGUAAUAAACAUGCAGUAGUCAGUCAGCCUUUUUGAGUGUGUGUGUGAAUAAGCGUGUGUGUGUGCGUGGAUGUUUGUAAAUGAUCAAAACACAACCACAAUUAUUUGUGUGGGAAAAGAAUGGAACAUCAGCAACAGAGUUGCAUAUUUUGAUUAUAAAAAAUAAAAAGUUUUAAAUUAAAAUUG